GUUUGAUCGCAGCAAUUGAUCUCAUUCUCCCCAUCCCAGCUACCAGCCUUGCACCUUGCACCUUGCAUCUUCGCAAAGCCUCAACCCACCACCCCUCCAUCUACCAUUAUUUCUUGAAACCUCAAACCUCCAUUUUACAUGAUAUGUUCUUCUCCAUUGAUACCGUCCAUACCACUGAUACCCUUCGGAAUCGCUUGAGCAGCAUUGUGUGAAUAUCCGGAUCGAUACCUGGGUAAUCUCUGUCGAUUAUUUGUUCAUUGGCACCAACCAGCAAAAUCCAACAAAAAACCGCAGAAGCGCGCAAAACUACGCGUGCUAAUCCCUAGUCGUCCCACAUGUCCGAGUACACUUGACUUUUCAGGUUGCUUCUGUCUUUUACCUCAUCUCUCCAUCUAACACUCGUUUUUAACGUUCCACGCUCGUCUCAACAUCCUCUGUGAUUUUUUUUUGCCAGUUUGGACAGGCCCUUUUCGAAUAUUCCCCUCCAAAGGCAACAUCGCAUUACACCUCCGUCAACAUAGCGGAAGCUUUAGGUGCCUAGGUAAAUUCCGAUCACAGCUCCAAAGGUUGCCAACUAUCGCCCAAGGUGUCCCAAGGCAACGCUCUCUAGAUUGUCUUGCCUCCCAUGCCACCUGGAUGACCGAAACAUCGCCUCAACUUCUGGCGACUGCCAAUUUAACUCCCCUUUCGCCAGCCCCCCUCCAUCCUUCGUCUCCAGUUGUAGUACCGGCCCUCCAGGACCAAGCCGACACUCUCUAUACCAUGUCGCUCUCUGACGGCGACCAAGUCCCUUCCGCAGCUGUCGCGGGCCGGACCAGUGACGUAGCUUUAGCAUCGAAUCAAACUUAUGGCAGCGCCGCAACGGCCAACUAUCAAAGCGGCGAUCCUAGCGGCACUAGUGAACCAAUUCCGUAUCUAACCUAUUUCGAAGUUGACGAUGACGGAUACAAGGAAGAGGAGACGCCCUUAGUUAAGGAUGAUAGAAACGACGAGCAUCCUAAUCAUGAUCAGCAUAAUGGUGCUGCUGGUACCUCUGGUACUGAAGCCCAGCAAGAUGUAUCCAGACCGAACGCAUCAGCUCUUAGUUCUGAUCUGUCUGAAUCGCAGACGGAUCAUUCUGAAGUUAACACUUCCACUUCACAUGAUCUUUCUCUCAGUAUCCCUGUUCAACAUGUGCACCAACCUGUUCCGAACACGAGCCACUCGAGCCCACAAGAGGCCCAAGAACCUCGAGAGCCGCAAGAACAGGCCGUAGUUGCCUCAUCAUCGAUCACUCAUACCCAGGGCGCACCUCAGCCACCUACAGAAACUGCAGCUGAAGAGACUGAACCCAAGACUGAACCUGAAUCUGAAGCUCAAGCCCUAUCGAGUGCUUCUUCCAAUGAUGAUAAUAUUGACAUCCAGGACAUCGUGGACAAGAUCAUAGGUAAUUCUUCCACCGGAUCUGCCAAUCAGUCGUCAGUGCAGCAGAUUUCUGCCAACGCGUCAUCUGUGUCCCUGCCACCGCGGCCUCCCAUGCCUCAGCAACCUCCCCUAGCCCAGCCACAUGCGCGUCUAGAAGAUGUUCCCGGCCUCAGCUAUCAGCCGGGUCUUUCUUAUUCCCAUGCCACCGGUGCCCCCUCCUCUCUGCCACCUCCGCCCGGCACCUACUCAGUCGGGGCUCCCGGGACGGCCCUAGAAGCUCGUAAUACUCUUCCACCCCCACCCCCCUCAUCCUCGCUUAGUGCGCUGCCUGCUCAUCCGUUCUCGGUGCCACAAUUUGAUCCUACUUAUGUUGCUGCAGCAGGCAUUCAAUCCCAAUCCAGUGAUCAGUCUCAACCAUGGGAGACGUUCCUGCAUGAAGAACGUCGUUACGUAUCCGAAGCGAAAUGGGAUCGUUUUCCGGAGGGAUCGAGAUUGUUCAUCGGAAAUCUCUCAAGUGACAGGGUCUCGAAGAAAGAGGUGUUCGAUCUCUUUUCUAAGUAUGGUCGCUUGGCGCAGAUCUCUCUGAAGCAAGCAUAUGGCUUUGUACAGUAUCACACUUUGAUGGAAGGUCAAGCUGCGAUGGACCAUUUGCAGGGAAUCGAUGUUAGAGGCCGCAAGAUUCACCUGGAAUUUUCUCGCACACAGAAGAAAGAUGGCGAUGGUGAAAAGCGUAACAAUAAGAGUAAACGUGAUACUGAACGUCACGAUGCCGCACGUGGCCGACGUGACGAUUAUCGUCCUACUCGCCAACCGUCUCCGAGACGAUCAAGUCAUCGCCAACAGAAUUCGUACGAUAGCGGUCGCGGUUAUUACGAUGAUUAUGGCGGCCGUGGUCGUUCUCGAUCUCCUAGCUAUGGAAGACGUGACUCGGAUCACUACCGACGUCGAAGUCCUAGCCCAUACCGACGUCACGCUUCCGAAGCAGAACUCGACAUCCCUCGUCGAUACGGAGGCGACAUCCCUGAUGUGCAAUUCCUCGUUCUUCAAGAAGUCGAAAGAGACUUCGUCAGCUGGGUUGAGAGAUCCUUCCUUGAUCUAGGCUUAAAAGUGAAGGAUAUGUUCCUACACUCUAACCUCUCCCGAGAGGCCGUGAUCCAGCGUCAGGUGAUGGAAGGUGUCUAUGCAGUGGUUGAACUCGAUUACCAAUCACAGCGAAACGGUACUAUUUCACUACAAGUGUUCAAUCGCUCUAGUGGGCGUGACAACAUUCGUUAUGAUCAAUAUCGAGAUCUCGCCCCUGCUAUUGCGGCACAGCUUGUCAAUCGUGCCAGGUCUCAGGCUCCUCCGGCUCCUGUAGUCCAGUCUUUACCUCCUUACGGUGGUGUGCAGUAUCCGUCUGCCCCUCCUCAAUAUUCCGUGGCUCCGCAGCCUACAUACAUGCCUGGUCCUCCUUCGUAUUCGAGCCAGCCCUAUCCUAGCGCGCAAGCCCCUCCCACCAGCCACGCUCAGGGCUCUUUAGACAAUGCCACCUUGCAGAAGAUUCUUGGAACUCUUCAUAGUCAGCAAGGCACACCAUCUAAUGCCCCUCAGGGUUAUCCUUCUGGCCAGCCAGUUGCACGACCCCCACCUAACCAGAAUCCAAACGUAGCAUACACAGGUGCCGGGGCUAGCAACCAUUCUUACGCACACGGAGUUAAUCGACAAUAUAACGCAAACUAUCCGUCUGCCCCUGCCCCUGGAGCACACGGAAUGACAGGUGCCCAAGGCGGCGAUCCAAGUCAGCAUGUGCAAACCAUCAUGGCACAGCUAGCUCGUUACCGUCAGUAAACGAGCCACUCUAGAAUGUCUAGAGUACAACUUCUCAAUACAUGCCCUCUUCAUUGUUCCAUUCUCUGGAACGUUGGCCUAAUAAAUCAUCUGGAAUUCCCCUUGGUCAGAUACCGUCAAACACCACCAACAUCUCUUGCGCGACUAAAUAUGCCUGCUGGGUGUCUACUGGAUGUGUACUGGAAUUCUUGUACUAAAGCUACCUAGGAUGAUGGUCUUUUCACUAUGGUACCAAUGUGUACGCUUGAAGGACACACUGGCCUCAGCUUUUGCCAUCGCUUUCCAAUUCUGAGAUAGGCUUGAUAGCAUAAAUGAAAGCCAUCGAUCGAUGACAAUGA